GCGACGCGGGGGGAAGGGAGACCGAGCGCACAUUAGCAGGGAAGGUGACAGCGGAGGCUUCACCCAUCUCUCUGUCUCUCCGGAUCCAGAUGUUGGCUUUAAGGUUUCUCCAAACCUAGAAAUCUGUUGAAGAUAUUACUUCUUUGCGAAUCUCUCUUUGUUCUUGAAUCGGGUCCAGCGCGGAAGUAGCUGUCGUCAGUAGUAGUUGUGAUUCGUGGGAGUUUGAGUUUGAUUGGAAGUCCAGUAGUAGUGAGAUUCUGCGCCGAUCGAGAUGCGGCCCGGCCUUAGUUCAUCCGUCUACAAGAGGAUGAACUCCAAGGAUUUCGUCGGCGAUCCCGAUCGCGCCGACGAUGUCUCAGAUCGAUUGCUGAAUCUGAUGGAUCAGAACAUUGGCAAUCCGUCCUGGAAACCGUCUUUACCCCACGUUUGUAUCGCAACCGUAUCCUCCUUCUUGUUCGGAUACCAUCUCGGGGUUGUGAAUGAGCCGCUCGAGAGCAUUUCGCUGGAUCUCGGGUUCACCGGGAACACGUUGGCGGAAGGACUUGUGGUGAGCAUGUGUUUGGGAGGCGCACUUAUUGGAUGUUUGUUUAGUGGGUUGAUCUCCGACGGCAUCGGGCGGCGCAGGUCUUUCCAGUUGAGCGCUUUGCCCAUGAUUAUUGGGGCUUCAUUGAGUGCUUCGACGACCAGUCUGGUUGGUAUGCUUCUUGGCAGAUUUCUUGCUGGAACAGGGAUGGGUCUAGGACCAGCUGUAGCAUCCCUUUAUGUGACGGAGGUUUCUCCUUCUUCAGUGAGAGGUACUUAUGGUAGUUUAAUUCAGAUUGCAACAUGCCUCGGGCUGAUAGCGGCACUCUUUAUUGGUGCUCCAGUCAAGGAAAUUGUGGGAUGGUGGCGAGUAUGCUUUUGGGUAUCUACUGUUCCAGCUGCAUUUCUUGCUCUCUGUAUGGAGUUUUGUGCUGAAAGUCCUCAUUGGCUCUAUAAGCGUGGAAGAGUUGCUGAAGCAGAAGUUGAGUUUGAAAGACUCUUGGGAGGACCUCACGUCAAACUAGCAAUGGCAGAAUUAUCAAGGUCAGAGAGAGGGGAUGACGGAGAAAGCAUUAAGUAUUCUGAGCUAUUCUAUGGUCGCCACUUCAGAGUUGUUUUUAUUGGAACAAUGCUAUUUGCUUUCCAACAGUUGUCGGGAAUAAAUGCUGUAUUCUAUUUCUCUUCUGCCGUGUUCAGAAGCGCAGGGGUGCCAUCAGAUAUUGCUAAUACAUGUGUUGGAUUUGCAUACUUAUCAGGCUCAAUUGUCGCCAUGCUUUUGAUGGACAUAGUAGGAAGGAAGCUUCUUCUUGUAGGAAGUUUUCUGGGAAUGGCAGCAGCAAUGGGUCUUCAGGCUAUUGCAGCAAGUCUUUCCGACCAAGGUUCUUGGCAUGUGUACCUCUCUGUUGGCGGAAUGCUGUUAUCUGUCCUAGCAUUUUCAUUGGGAGCCGGCCCAGUUCCUAGUCUACUUUUGCCUGAGAUUUUUCCCAACAAGAUUCGUGCAAAGGGUGUGGCUUUGUGCAUGUCCGUGCACUGGGUUGUGAACUUCUUUGUCGGUUUGUUCUUUUUGCGGUUGCUAGAGCUAUUAGGAGCAAAGAUCUUGUACUCGAUCUUUGCAUCCUUUUGCUUGAUGGGAGCAAUUUUUGUGAGAAAGAAUGUUGUUGAAACUAAAGGAAAGACUCUCCAGGAAAUCGAAGUCGCGCUCCUAUCAGCUGUGUAAAGCUUUCUUUUUUAAGAGCUUUGAACAAACUGGAUGGUGUUUUUGCAAAUUCUCAAUCUCAUACCAUGCCACAGCAAACUUUCAACUCAAACUGAAGAUGGAAAGGAAAUCCACCCAUGACACCCUGAAAUUUGAAUCCAGCUACUGAAAAAUUGUUUGGGGUUUAAAAUUACAGCUUGUUUGAUUAUACCUUGAUUUUCUGAUCAUCGUAAUAGUACCGGAUGUAGUAUUUGGACUGAAUAAUUGUGAAAUUACUUCCACAUGUUACGGGUAAAGUAAGAAACAUCUCUCUCUUUUCCCGGAGGGAUCUUAAGAGUGC